GGUUCAUUCAGCAUGAUGGCUGCGGAUGCUGCGGAUGCUCUCCGCCGCAUCCUGCAUCCGCGCCGUCUCUCCAUCUUCUUCCUCGCCGUCACCCUGUCCUCUGCGCCGGCCCCGACGCAAGCGCUGCUCGGCGUCCGGCCGGAGGACACCCAGAUCGGAGCGCUGUCCGUGCAGGACGGGAUGCUGAGGGCGACCGAGGGCACCCGCUUCAUGCUGAGGGUUUACUACUCUGCAGCAUCCGCGGAGCAUCCCAACAGCCUGAACGUCACCGGCAGACCCGACCGCGCACCCUCCGCUCCGUGGAUCGCGUUUAUCGAGGAGCCAGGCGGGGAAAGCAGCGCGGACGCCGAGGGGAAGCUGCGCCCCAGGGGGAACCCGUGUGAGGAGGAGAAUGCCCGGAGCUCGGAUAUCGAGCUGCUGGGUUCCUUCAGAUCCACAUCAAGUCACAACUCAGUUUUGGUGGAGCUGCUCGCGAAAGACCUGCGCAGAGGCGAGGUGAUCAAAUACUACUCCAUGUGCGCCUUCGAUGGAGUGAAAUGGGAACAUUUCAGGACCAGAGACUUCUGGUUGGCGGUGGUGGAGAGACCUCCAGAUGCAGAUGUUUGGCUCCAGGCGGGUGUGUCGGUGCUCUUGUUGGCGCUGUCGGCACUCUGCAGCGGUCUGAACAUCAGCAUGCUGGCUCUGGACCCCGUGGAGCUGCGGGUCCUGCAGAACAGUGGCACAGAGAAGGAGCAGAAAUACGCGCGGAAAAUAGAGUCAGUGCGUAAACAUGGUAACUACAUCCUUUGCACUGUGGUGCUGGGCAACGUGCUCACAAACACGUGCUUUGUGGUGUGGAUGUGCCAGAUUUUAGGAAUGACUGUUCUCUCAACUACCUUCUGCACUUUGGGGAUCUUCUUCAUUGGUGAGAUUUUACCUCACUCGUUAGCGUCCAGGCACAGCCUCGCCAUCGCCUCCAAGACCCUCUGCGCGACGCGUCUGCUGAUGCUGCUGUUCUUCCCCAUCGCCUACCCGGUCUCCAAGCUCCUGGACAUCAUGCUGCACCAAGAGAUCAGCAGCUUCUACACCAGGGAGAAGCUGGUGGCCAUGCUGCGCGUCACGGACCCGUACCACGACCUGGUCAAGGAGGAGCUCAACAUCAUCCAGGGAGCGCUGGAGCUGAGGACCAAGACGGUGGAGGACGUGCUGACGCCGCUGUCCGACUGCUACAUGCUGUCUUCGGACGCCGUGCUGGACUUCUGCACCAUGUCAGACGUGAUGCAGAGCGGCUUCACGCGGAUCCCGGUCUACGAGAACGACAGGUCCAACAUCGUGGACAUCCUGUUUGUGAAAGACUUGGCCUUCGUGGACCCCGACGACUGCACCCCUCUGAAAACCAUCAACCAGUUCUACAAGCACCCCAUGCACUGCGUGUUCAACGACACCAAGCUGGAUGUGAUGCUGGAGGAAUUCAAAAGAGGUAAAUCCCACCUGGCCGUGGUGCAGAGGGUGAACAGCGAGGGCGAGGGCGACCCCUUCUACGAGAUGAUCGGCAUCGUCACGCUGGAGGACGUCAUCGAGGAGAUCAUCAAGUCUGAGAUCGUGGACGAGACGGACCUGUACACUGAUAAUCGGAACAAGAGACGAGUGUCCACCCAGGAGAGGAAACCACAGGAUUUCUCCAUCUUCAAACUGGCAGAAAAUGAGCUGAAGGUGAAGGUCUCGCCGCAGCUGCUGCUCGCAACCCACCGCUUCUUGGCCACAGAGGUGGAGCCCUUUAGGCCGUGUCACCUGUCAGAGAAGAUCUUGCUGCGUCUCAUUAAACAUCCCAGCGUUGUGCAGGAGCUCAAGUUCGACCCCAAGAACAAGCACGCUCCUCAACACUACCUCUUCCAGAGAAACAAGCCCGUCGACUACUUCGUCCUCAUCCUGCAGGGGCGGGUGGAGGUGGAGAUCGGAAAGGAGGCCCUCCGCUUUGAAAAUGGAGUUUUUUCAUAUUACGGCAUGCCAGCACUCAUCCCACUGCCUCUCGGUCACAGGUACAGUUCCCGCUGCAGUGGUCUGAACCAAUCAGAUUCAUUACUGAGUGGAAGCAGCGUGGGUCAGCUCACUACAGGAGGAGGGAUCUAUUUACCAGACUACUCCGUUCGACAGCUCACGGACCUGCAGAUCAUCAAGAUCACCAGGACCCACUACCAGAACGCCCUGAUGGCCUCCAGGAUGGACGGCUCCCCUCAGACACCGGACCCAUUGUUUCCUGAUGCCAAAGGGAGGCCCCCGGGCCCAGAGGCCCGCUCGCACAGCAUUGCCCUCCCCCUCACAAACACGCACACUCGGAUGGGGCUGGCUCGCCUGGCACAUCUCCAUCCCCACGGCACCCUGUGCAACACGUCCCGGCUCAAUGAAAGAAACCGGAUCGUGCGCAGUAAAUCUGACGGGCAGAGGAGUCCCAACGAUUCCGUGUUCUUCCGCAUGGACGAGAUUCCCUACAUUCACGAGGACAGACCAGAAAGUUAUGGAGAGGAAGAUGUCCCCACUGAGUCUCAGCCGUCCACCGCUCCUGUCAUCAGCUCUCUGUCUCUGUCCAGCUCCGAGGAGACGAUCGGAAAGAAACUCUUGCGUAAACUCAGUAACAAAAGGAGGAAAAAGUCUCGGGAAGGAGAUUAUAGUUUGGAGGAGGGCUUGGAGAAACCGCCAGUGACGAGCUAGCACAGCGGCACAGAGGAAGAGGGACGAGGGCCACAUCUUCCUCCUCGUCGUCCACCUCAGUAAAUAACAGCUCCUCCCGAGACUCCCUCCUGGACUCCCAGGAGACUGAGCCAUCCUUAUCCUCUCUGCUGUAGACACCGAUAAUUCUCAGGUCCCCACAGACCCACACCCUGUCCCACCUCUGCCUGACGUCUCACCCUUGAUGAUUACUUGGACUUAUUGGAUUUAUCCAGCCUUACUCUGGACUGCACGGAUCCUAGCAGGUUUUACUCCAACGUUUUGUAGUUGAUGGGACAAACAGUGUCCACGUUACCUUUUCAAUGGUUGUUCUAUUCAUAACAUUCACAUUAUCUCAAUUCAAGACCCAUGUGUUCCUGAAACUGAUUCAAAGCUUGCAAUUUAAUUUAAGGAGAUCGAGCUCAUCAUGGGGUUUAAAGCUUUUACUUGAACAAUGAAUACACAUUGUUAUUAAUAAUGUGUCACUACGGGGAUGUUCCCAAAUACUGAAAAUGUUGUUUGCACAGGGAACUGUUCCAACGCUGCCACGAGGCUGCCACUGCCAACACAGCCCGACACACACAUCAGCCUCCCGACAAGAGCACAAUUUUUUACACCCAAUUAAAAGAACACAGUUAUUCUUAAAAAGCCAUAAAUUAAUUAAUCUUGAAAGACUUCCUUGUUGUGCCCUGACCAAGUGUUGAGAGGAAUGCACAAUCCUGAAACAGAAAAAAACAAAACAAUUUCUUAAAUGAUUUCUUAUACAAGUGCCAGAAUUACUAAAAGUAAUAUUUCAGAUAGCAAUAUAAAUAUAAAUAAUAUAAGUCAAUGUAGACUUUAAAAUGCUUGAAUUCAUCACCGCAAUACCACAUACUAACGUUUUCAGGACCCAACUGCAGACACUCUUGCACAAAGAUGAGACGCCUGGAAGACAACAAGAGCUGGAAUAGACUAAAAUAACUCAGAGCAGGGAGCUGGUCCAACAGGAGCACAGGAGGAGCACAAGGGAACACCGGGGAAAACGGAAAAGACAAACUGACGAGGACUCGGAGCGCUGAGGCUCAAACACGCGGGGGAGGACGGGAUAAUUGGGCACAGGUGGGGCUGAGAAUCUGGAGAGAGAGAAAAUAGACAAAGACAGGAAGUUAAACACCCAAUUAUCACACAAGAUAAAAGAUAUCAAAAUAAAACAGGAAAUAAUAAGGGUUAGUCUGAAAGUCCAAAGAAUCACUUUAGAAGUCCCCGUAGAGACAGAUCUCGACUAACAUGAAUCUCUCUUAACUUUAAAGCAUGCUUUUUUAUUCACUUUCUGUUUUCUGGCUGUCGUCCCUUUAAAACUCACCUUCCCCCCUGCAGAUGUAGCUUUAUAGACACAGCCUCAGUGUUUACGUGUCCACCAUUUUCUCUAUCUUACCACAAUUCAAAGAAAUCCUUAGCCUCUCUUUUAAUGGCACAUCAUCACACUGAUAGAGAAUUUAAUUUCUUACCACUAGCUAACGCAUUAGCCACUUUUCUGUGUACAGUUCGUUUCUCACAGGGUCAGUCAUUAAGCUGUGUAAACUAUUUAAAAUAAG